AUGGCAGUGCAUUUAGGCUCUUUGGUCUUAUCUCUGGUGCUACUCGUUGGCUUUGCAUUUACAAAUAACAAAGCUGCUAAUACAGAUGAUCUACCCAUUCAUUGUGACUCUCUCAAUAGGAGCAGUUUCGAUGCUCUCCAACCAGGGUUCAUAUUUGGCACAACCUCGGCAGCUUACCAGUACGAAGGUGCCGUAAAAGAAGGCGGUAGAGGACCAAGUAUAUGGGAUACCUACACCCACAACCAUUCAGAAAGGAUCGUGGAUGGCAGUAAUGGAGAUGUCACUGUUGAUCAAUAUCACCGCUAUAAGGAAGAUGUGGUGAUUAUGAAGAAUACGGGAUUGGAUGCUUAUAGGUUUUCUAUCUCAUGGUCCAAUUUAUUACCAAAUGGAAAGCUAAGUGGAGGCGUGAAUGAGGAUGGAAUCAAAUAUUACAACAAUCUCAUCAAUGAACUCCUACUUGAAGGUCUAAAACCAUUUGUGACAAUCUUUCAUUGGGAUCUUCCACAAGCUUUAGAGGACGAAUAUGGUGGUUUCUUAAGCCCUAAUAUUGUCGAUCAUUUUAGAGACUAUGCAGAACUGUGUUUUAAGGAAUUUGGUGAUCGAGUAAAAUACUGGAUCACGGUGAAUGAGCCAUAUACCGUUAGUCACCAUGGUUAUGCAAUCGGGUGCCACGCACCAGGACGAUGCUCUGCUUGGCAAAACCUAAAUUGCACUGGUGGAAAUUCGGCUACUGAACCAUAUUUGGUGACACACCAUCAACUCCUUGCUCAUGCAGCCGUUGUAAGAUUGUAUAAAGAUGAAUAUCAGGCAGUUCAAAAUGGCUCGAUAGGAAUAACAUUGGCUUCACACUGGUUUGAGCCUGCUUCAGAGGCAACAAAAGAUAUAAAUGCUGCAUUUCGAUCUUUGGAUUUUAUGUUUGGAUGGUGUAUGGACCCAUUGUCCACUGGUGACUAUCCGCACAGCAUGCGGUCACUUGUUGGAGAACGAUUACCAAAAUUCACAGAAGAACAAUCCAAGUUGCUAAAUGGGUCAUUUGAUUUUAUUGGAAUAAAUUACUACACUGCUAGAUAUUCAAGUGAUGCAUCUGAUAUUAUUUAUGUACAUACAAGCUACUUAACAGAUCCUCACGUUAAUGUUACAACUGAGCUUAAUGGGGUUCCUAUUGGUCCAAAGACUUCAGAUUGGUUAUAUGUUUAUCCAAAAGGAAUUCACGAUCUUAUACUCUACAUAAAAGAGAAGUAUAAUGAUCCAAUCAUUUACGUUACUGAGAAUGGAGUUGAUGAGUUCAAUGAUCCCAGAGUAUCACUUCAAGAAGCUCUUAAUGAUACCAAUAGAAUUGACUACUACUAUCGUCACCUUUGUUACCUACAAGCAUCCAUUAAAAAUGGUGCUAAAGUGAAAGGAUAUUUUGCAUGGUCAUUAUUGGACAAUUUUGAAUGGAAUUAUGGAUACACUGUUCGGUUUGGUAUCAUCUAUGUGGAUUUUAAAGAUAAUCUAAAAAGAUAUUCAAAACUCUCGACGUAUUGGUUCAAAAGAUUCCUCAAGAAGCAAGAAAAAAGUAUGAAAGAGAUACAAAUAUUUGUGGACGAUAAUGGUGGGACCUCAAAUGUUUGA